AAAUCUCCUGAAACAUACUUUGAAAUUUGAGCAACACAUCAUAAAAUUGAUGUCAUUCAAGUGUACACUCCCACUCCGAAGUUCUCUACUUGCAUUGUAUGAUAUAUAAAAAGCAUCCCCGAUUCUCGUGCACUCAUAUUGCGACGUGAACGAGUGAUGAACGAGCGAUAAAAAUUUCUUCAAUUGUAUCGAGUUUCGGGACUGCGAUUAUACAAAGUGUCUCCAAGAAUUACACAAAUCUGCUUUCUGGUGGUAACAAAAAGAUAACGUGAUAGCGACGAAAAACCCACGUGCUAAUAAGCACUUGACUUCAUUGAGCGAUCAGCACAAAAAGUCACAUUUGAUUUUUUACAUCAAAGAGUCGGUGCCAAAUGUCAAAGUUGGAUACGGAUCGCUUCUUUCACUUCAUAAUUCGCGGUUAUUUCGCAUCAUGAUGCAACAUUGAAAGCUCCAGACGCAAAAUAUAGAACAACGAACACGUGGACAGUACGAAGCGGAACAACUGGUCAAUCCGGUUGAAAGCCGGUCGGCUCGAAUUCCGCGCCGCGAGUCGCAAGUCGCGGAACGGCAGUGUCACGUGACAACGGUGCUGGCCAAUCGCCCAGACUGACGGGGGCGAGAUUAUAAAUAGUGGAGCGUGACGUGUGGGGAGCCUCUUUCGCUUCCCGCUACGAUUUGCGGCAAUUUGCGGCGCGUUCGGCUCCAUUCCGAUCAUUAACACGGUGUGCUUGUGCGGCGGAGUUCUCUCUUGGUGCUCGUGAACGCGCGAAACCAUUAGGUCAUCUGAGGACGACACGACGACGAUCGUGAUUCAUCGAAACGCGCGGGUAACGUAACGAGGAAAAGGCACGUGGAGGAGAGUUUGCAAGGCGGCUCAGACGACGACGGGCCAGGUACGCUGGGAUUGCGGUGUUUAACAAAGCUCCUGAGUUACGGGAUUAUUCCGAAGAUACAACGACAACGGCGACAACCCCGAAACGUAGGAAAAUGCCGGAGACCGCACACCACAUGAACGGCUAUGCGAAUGGCCACGCGCCGCCCGAGCUGCAGCAGGACACAACUUUCCUCUUCACCUCGGAAUCCGUCGGCGAGGGGCAUCCAGAUAAAAUGUGUGAUCAGAUUAGUGACGCCAUUUUGGAUGCACAUCUCAUGCAAGAUCCAAAUGCUAAAGUAGCAUGUGAAACUGUAACAAAAACUGGUAUGAUACUUUUGUGUGGAGAAAUUACAUCAAAGGCCGUAGUAGAUUAUCAAAAGAUCGUUCGAGACACAGUGAAGCAUAUUGGUUAUGAUGAUUCAUCCAAAGGAUUCGAUUGGCGUACGUUGAACCUUUUGGUGGCGAUCGAACAACAAUCCCCAAAUAUCGCGGAUGGUGUCCAUGUGGACAGGCAAGAGAUGGACGUGGGUGCAGGUGAUCAGGGUUUAAUGUUCGGAUACGCAACUGACGAAACUGACGAAUGUAUGCCACUGACGGUAGUAUUGGCACACAAAUUGAAUCAGAAAAUUGCUGAAUUAAGACGAAGCGGAGAACUAUGGUGGGCACGUCCGGAUUCAAAAACACAGGUGACCUGCGAAUACAUAAUGGAUCAUGGAGCUUGUGUUCCUAUAAGAGUUCAUACAGUUGUGGUGUCGCUACAACAUAGUGAAAAAAUCGGUCUUGAUGAACUACGUUUAGCUGUCAUGGAGAAAGUUAUAAAAGAAGUAAUACCAGCGAGAUAUCUGGAUGAUAGAACAGUCUUUCACGUAAAUCCUUGUGGACUUUUUAUUAUUGGUGGGCCACAGAGCGAUGCCGGCCUUACUGGACGAAAGAUCAUUGUGGACACGUAUGGCGGUUGGGGAGCACAUGGUGGCGGUGCAUUUUCCGGCAAAGAUUUUACGAAAGUGGAUAGAUCGGCUGCAUAUGCUGCAAGAUGGGUCGCUAAGUCUCUAGUAAAAGCUGGUCUCUGCAGACGCUGCCUUGUACAGGUGUCUUAUGCUAUCGGUGUGGCGGAACCAUUGUCAAUCACAGUUUUCGAUUAUGGAACAUCCACGCUUUCCCAGAACGAGUUGUUAGAUAUAGUGAACAAAAAUUUCGAUCUGCGACCCGGAAAAAUCGUCAAGGAACUAAAUCUUCGAAAUCCUAUUUAUCAACAAACUAGUACGUAUGGUCAUUUUGGACGAGACGGUUUCACAUGGGAGCAGCCAAAGAAGCUGAUUCUCGAUUGAUGAGAGAAUAGAUUUUAAAUUGGUUUCGACGUUUUCCGGUUUGUACUUCCGACAAAACGUUCUCUAUCUCUCUCUAUCUCUUUAUAUCUUUCUCUCAGAGCAAUCGUAUUAUCCUAUAAAAAAAAGAAAAAAAAUUAUCGUCCGCGAUUUUUGAGUGCCGUAAUCAUCACCGAAUGUAUAGAUUCCUUAUGUCAUUUACUUAGCAGUAGUAAAGACCGGAAAAGUUUUCUCUCUAGUUCAUUUCUUGCACUGCGAAGUAAUAACCUGAUAAAACUACAUGUGACAACAGGCAUAGUACAAAUCUCGUUCAUAGUUCGGGACACGGGCCAUGGACUUAUUUCUUCCUUUAUUCUCUCGCGAAAUCGGUUUUCGAGUCUCUCAACAACGCGGUUUUAUCUAUAUGCAUCGUGUAGAGAAGAGGAUAAAAAUCUAACCCGCGAUGUCCAUUUAAGUCCAUGCUUAUAUCCCAAAGUCUUUUCUCUUAAACGUUAACAUAUUGCGUACGGCGUUCUGUUCUUCUUGUUAUUUGUUUCGUGUUCGCGUGUUUUUCACGGAGUAAAAAACUGUGUCUACGUUCUUGCGCGGACAAUAAUUGCCAGAUACUUGUAUUCGCGAUUACUUGUCCGUAUAGGACUGUCAUUCGUAGAAUCGAGUCUAGCUCGUGUGCAAUAGGUCGGUCAGUCGAAUACCCGGCUUUUUGUGCUCUACUGUUCAGUUAACCUUGAAUAAACGUUAACAAAGUUGGCAGUUUGUACAUACUUGGACGAUUGUUCUCUAUUCUGGGCGAGACUUAUGAAACAAUUUGUAGCUUGCAACUGGUUUUUUAAUCACAUUUUAUACAUUUUUACCUUUAUAUCUUUAACACGUUGAGUACCAAAGGAAUUUUGUUACGUCUUACCGAAGUGUACAAAAGUAAUUGGUUCGUAUACAAAAGUAGGUUUUGGUAAUAAAGAGUAUGUGUAAUAAAAUAUACAAAACCGUUUAAUUGAAUUGUAUUUAUUGGCGGCUUACCGAUGACUGCAAAAAUUGUAAAUGGCAUUCAACAUGUUAAUAUACUCUUGUUUAUUGUUCAUUAUGUUAAUAUUUCCGCACUGUAACUGUCAUUUAUAUGUAUAGAGUUAUUCAAAAUAUCAUGUGUAUAUAUAUAUAUAUACACACACACACACACACACACACACACACACACACAUAUGUAUAUGUAGAGUAAUAGAGAGUAGUCAAUCAUCUGAUAUAUCGUCAAUCAAUAUCGUCACAUUUUGACUUCUUAUUUGGGACUGUCUUUUUACAAGUGAAGUAUAGAAAAAUGAAACGUUUCUUUUGGAACAUAUGUAUCGACUUGUAAAUAAAUAAAACGACCGAGCCGUACGCAAUCUGUUAAGAUAGAUAAAUAAUCAACGACGUAUAGAUCAUGACUCUAUCGCUAAUGCAUUAUGUGAGAGCAACAAAAAUAUAAAACAUCUCUUUAUCUGGAAACAAAAAUGUAUAAACAAUUACUAUUGAUACAAGUUUCUGGAUUUGAAAGCUGCAUCGUCAGUCUCAUAGUUUCUUAGCGUAUUAGAAUUCCCUAGCACGUACAUGAAAGUCGACACUUUGACUUAAUUCUAGCAAAUUAAUUUUGAUUUUUUAAUCGGAUAGAAGUUUGUACACUGAGUUCAAUGAGAGGAAAGAAUCGGUGCAUAAGAGAAGAAAAGUAAACAAAGUGGAAAUAGUGUUGCGCGUGGGACAUCUGCUGGCAGCCAAUGAUUAUGGAGGACUUUCUGGAAGAAAUAAAGGAUAUGCACGAAACGAAUGAAUUUUUGUCCGCUCUCCGAUUCUCUUCUCUCAUUGAACUCUGUUUAUAUAUAUAUAUAUAUAUAUACAUAUAUACACAGUACUAUACGGUAACAGUAGAAUUUGGAAAUUUUACUUUGCCCAUUUAGUCGAUAUAGUGAUUGAUCUUUCAUGUACGUAUCUCCAUUAGAAUUAUUAAUUAUAUGAGCAGACAAAUGUAAAUUGGCAAGAACAACGUGUAUUCAACAAAUGUAUGUUACACGUAAAGCAAAGCAGGAAAUGACGCUUAUACGUGAACAUGUGUGUUUUACAAGUUUUAAACAACACAUAGUUAUGAUAAUACUAAGUCGCGAUAUGUCGACUGUAACGGAAGUUUAUCAUUAUUAAACAUAGAAUAUUUAAAACUUUUAUAGGAUAAAAAUACUAAUUUAUAAGGAAAUCUCCGCGAAAUUAGCACAAAAUAAAGGCGCGCGGUUUAUAAGACUUUUUUAAAUAAGACAAAAACUAGUGGAGAAAAAUUAAGUUUAAUAUAUUCUUAUUUAAUAUAUUAUAUUCUUAACUACAGUUUUAUUUAUGAAUAUUUAUAUUAUGGACAUGUAAAUAAUUGCCAAGUGUUGCCACGAUGACUCACAAACUUGAGAUAUCGGAAUAAACUGCAUUAAAUAAUAAAUAAUGGCUCGGUGAUCAAUUAGGUUAUUACAAUCAAUUAAUAAAUUCAUAAAAACAUUUUUUUAUUUUAUGCUAACUUCGAAGAAGAUUCCGCUACUCAACUAUAUAAUAAAUAUUAGGUUUUUUUAUUUUAUAGCGCGAAUAUGAAUACAAAUCUACAAACAUGAUAUUUCUACAUUUUCUUGACGAGAGAAAUGUCAUUUCCCCCUUUGCUAUUCAGUUAUAACUAAAAAGUAGAAUAAUUCAAACAAAAUCGUAUUAAUCAUAAUUCAUAAUCUUGAUCCCAGUUAGAGGUCCAGCACAGAUCGUGUGACGGAGCUCGGAAUAUUGUAGAAUUUUUUUGUUGAUAUACCGAAAACUUAUCCGUUAUGGGAGAGAGAUUUUAAUGAGAAAUGAAUAGGCAAACAAUUGUAAAAACAUUUUAGUCCUCCCUGUCAGAAUUAAUGUAUGCGAUUUUACGUAAAGCUGUAUAGGGUACAACACCUAAUGAUUGGCACUUAAACAAUCCGUCAAUUUUUUUCAAGUCAACUAAAAGACUCCAAAAUAUUGUUGUUAUGAAAAAUUCAAGUUAAUCCUACUAUAAUGUCAAGUAAAAAGUAACCAUAGACAAAAAUGUUAACAAUUAGAAAAAAUAAAUAAGUGCCAAUCAUUAAAAGGGUGCUAAUUAUAGUAUCAGUUACCCUUAUUGGCAUUAUGUACCAAUGCACAAGAUCAUAUAAAAGAAAGACACGUAAUAAAGCGGAUUUUUUAAUAAAAACCUGUCAUUUAUUUUAUGUACUACAUCCUUAAGUUCCUAGCGUCGUUACAGCAUUAAUUCGCACUUAGCCGGUCUAAUGCGAUGCGAUCUUUCCAUAAAAGAAUCGACAUGAGCUCUGUCGCACAAGAACCUGCGACUGGCUACAUAUAUAUAAUUCGCGAAAAAUUAGCAAUUUUUAUAUUAGCAGUUGUUGCACCAUCGUGUAUUCUAUAUUCAACAAUCCUCUUCUGUAUGUAACUAUAUAAUCCGCAUAUUUUUAAAUUAUAUCGCGCAGGUUUUGCUUAUACAUUAUAAAGAGAAUUUUGGGUGCGCGUAUCCAGAUAUUAAAAUAAGAUAUAGGUAAUUAACAUGUAUGCAGAGUGCGCGCGGCAGGACAGAUAUAACCAAAAAAAAAAAAGGUUUUCUUGGUUGUACCAACCGUCCGUGUCGCACAUAGUAUAUGACAACUUAUUUUCAUGCGUGAGAAUUUUCAAGAUCUGUUUUUUUUCUCGAAUCUUUCUCCAAUUUCAUAUUUUUUUUGUUCCCAUAUAUAUUCUAAUAUAACUAUGUAUAAGUAUUUACAUAGGAUUCUAAUAUACAUAUAAACAUAUAGGGAAAUCUAGCAUACAAAAAUAUGAAUUUAAACUAUAGAGAAGUAUAUAAGGUUAUAUAUAUAACUCAUAAGUAGAAUAAUAUUUAUGUGCACAUGAUUGAUAAAUCUUCUAUUGAUAUACAGUAGUGAUAUGUACAGCGCUUGUAUAUCAAUGGUCUCGAAUGCUCGUAAGUCAGUGAUUUCGUUCUCACUGCAUACAAAAUAAUUUAAAUCAAUUUUUUUACGACAUCGAACGACUGAUAUUAUUUGCCAUCUUUGCUUUACUCACUUUUAAUGUCCUCUUUUUCUUAGCAUAAAGAUCUGCCAAUUAAAAGAACACAAUAAUACGUACCGUGUUUUUGUAUAGAUCAGAAAUCCCGAUCUACAAGCAACGAUCACUACUGUAUAUUCUCUCUUUCUCUCUCUUAUAACUAAAUUAUACUUUGAAAUAUAAGGUUAAAAUAUAAGCAUUAUUGCCUGAGAAAACUGAAUGAAUACAUCUUAUAUAUUAUGAAACGUGCUAAAUAUACUUGUUUGUGCCACUUUCUUAAGUUUUAUCUUAUAAUUCGGAAAUUUAAUCUAUAGAUAAUUUAAAAUAAUUCAAUGUGUUCUAUAAUUAAGUCAUUUUAUUAAUUUGAUUAAAAUUUAACGA